AUGAACCAAGGAAGACGACCAGUCCGAACUUACAAUAAUCAAAAUCUUAACCAUCGUGAAAGAGCGGCAUUAUUUACUGGUGCAUCUUCCACGGAAACUAACCCAGCUUUAAGGUCCUCCGCACCUUCUUCAAAUUAUACUCCAAAUGCACAUUUGGAUUUAGAAAGUCAAAAUGAUGAUAAACUCGAAGGAUUAACGGGGAAAGUAAAAUUAUUGAAAGAGAUUACAUUGAGCAUUGGUGAAAGUGUAAAAGAAUCAAAUAUUCUUGUUGGAGCUAUGUCGGACGAAUAUUCACGUACAAGUUCAUCCCUUGGUGGUACUAUGAAUAAGUUAAAGCGAUUGGCAGUUACUCAAAAUAGCCAUUUCACGUGGUGGUUAAUUUUUCUUAUCGUGAUAACAUUUAUAUUUUUAUAUUAUAUUUUCCUUCGAUAA